UCGACUUCAAUAUUUUUCUAAGUGGAAAGGGAAAGGGACAGAGAGAGAGAGAGAGAGAGAGUUUUGCGUUGGGAGGAAGGUGAAUGGAGAAGGAGGUGAUUCUGGUUGGUUGUACUGUGGGAUUUCUUGGUCUUCUUUCGGCUGCUCUUGGCUUCGCUGCGGAGGCUACGAGGAUUAGGGCUUCUGGAGUGUUGACUAGAGCUUACGAAGAAUGUAUAUAUCCAAAGAGCCCAGCUUUAUAUCUUGGACUUCUGGCAGCAGUUGCUCUAGCACUGGCCCAAGCUAUUAUAAACUUUUUUGCUGGUUGCAUAUGCUGCAGGAGAAAUCUAAGCCGCUCCAACACUAACUGGAAUGUUGCAUUGAUAUCCUUUGCUGUCUCUUGGUUUACUUUUGUUAUAGCAUUCCUUCUUCUUCUAGCUGGUGCUGCACUCAAUGAUAAGAGAAGCAUGGAGAAGAUUUACUUCAGCAACAACUGUUAUGUUUUGAAGGCUGGAGUCUUCUCCGGAGGUGCUGUUCUAUCCCUCUCAAGUGUCUCUCUUGGAAUCAUUUACUAUGUAGCACUCCAUUCACCCAAGAGCCAAUAUCCCUCUUGGUCUCCCUCACAAAAUCAAGGCAUUGCUUUAGGGCAACCACAAAUCCCUCCGCAAAGCGCCGAGCCGGUCUUCGUCCCCGAGGAUACUUACAACAGGCAAAGAAUUACAUGAGAGAGAGAGAGAUCAUAGAUGUUAUUAGCUAACUUAUUUGCUAAACCCUAAAUUAGAAGUUGUUGCGAGUCAAGACCCUGAGUUCAAAUCUGCACUUCACAUCAUUCAAAAUUUUCCCAAAAUUUUUUUUUUUUCCCAAUGAUUUCUAUUAGGGAUGUGCAUAAAUGUCUAAUUUGAGUUUAAAGUUCUUUCAGUACA